AUGUCGACGCUAGCUAUAUUCUUAUUACUAUUACAAUCUACUUUCGCUGAAAGAGAUACAGCACCAGUAUUUAUACUGGAUCACGACAAAGUCAUACCACAUAUAUCAAACGAACCAAACCCAUUUAAAAUACUACAGUCCUCUGAUUUCUCUAAGAUUAUUAACGAAGCAGUCAGUAGAAGCAAAGUUGUAAUACUAUUCAUAGAAGAAUCAUUUUGUUUCGAAGACAUUUCUGUAAAGGAUAAGCACGGGACACCCUUUUAUCGUUUGAGCCAAAAGCUGAAAGAGAAACGUGUAAAGUUCCUACCAGCAGUAGCUCAACCCUAUAAGACUCUAAAAAAUAGUUUUCCCCCGGAACGUACCAACGAGUUUUACUUAAGCGAUUCCAGUACAAAAGUGAAGUUUUACAAUGGAAGGUCUAAGUAUUUUUACAUCUAUUUUAAAGAUUAUUUGAAUGAAACACGGGUUAAUGCGUUGAGACGGCACGAUUUGCUCAUAUUCGAGGUAUAUUUCUUAGUAAGACAAGCUGCUGCUAAUCAUAUCGUGGCGUUUUAUACUGGGAAGACUAAUCCUAUUCUUGUAGAUAAGAUGAAUUCUAUGCCAAUGAAAACUCAGAAGGUAAUUCGUCAGCCAGGGAUUACGAUUUCAACUAGUGGGGCUCUUUUUCGAUUUAUCGGUGUGUACUCUACGGUGGGCACGCGUCGAUCCACGUUCAGUGAAAUUCCAAUAGUCGGUGAAGAGACUUGGACGAAACGUAGCUUUAGCACACGGAUGGAAUACACGGAGUUCGAACUUGAGUUCUCGUUUAAGUUUCGAGAAGAUCGAUGGUUGAUUGACUAUGUCUCCUUACUCGAGUAUGGGGAAGAAGUGGGUCGCACGGAGAUGAGGGUGGGUGCACCUUGGGAGUGGUCGUACAUCUGUAGCGAGCCUAUCGUGCUGGUGAACAUGAGGGACGGCAGCGCUGUCACCAUCUCACAGUAUCAGAUACAACCGUUCAACGACGAUCGCCAGAUCGCUCGUAACGGUUCAGGUAACGACACUCAUUGCUUCGGUCCCGCCGUCAACUGCGGGCCUUACUUCAACGCGCACAUACUCGCCGGCCUUAUGGUGACCUUCUUCUGCAUGGGAAUCCUGACGUACGGCGUGAUGACGAUGUACAAUUGUCAUUCUAACGACAGAUAUGACGACCAGCAUGGAAAACCUCUCGUUAUUGCUGCGGAAGUUGGCGGCUAA